UUCUACAGACCUAAUAGUAAAUCUUUAGUGACUGUUCAUGGGAAACAGCGGCAUCCUGUGGUGACUCAGUGGAAAUACACUGCGCUGUGUUUAUUUUUCCUGAGCGCGACCCGGAAGCAGCUUAUUCAAUGAGACAGCAUGGCGCAGUACAUGGAGAAUGACGGUGCUGAUGAUAUUCCCGACCUGUCGGAUAGUGAUGACGACGACCAGUGGCAGUCGAUGGAGGAGAGUCCUGACAGCAACCUGAAAGUUUUAUGUUUAUUUUGUGACAGGUUGUUAAAUUCUGUUGAAGACACGCUCUCGCACUGUAAAUCCGAGCAUGAUGUGGACGUUGCCGGCUUGCUGAGGAAAUACAAAUUGGAUGACUAUGGAUAUAUCAAGUUGAUAAACUACGUACGGUCUGUGAAGUGCAGUGGGGAGAGUCUCUUAUUGGCCAGAGAGGGAUCUCUCCCCUGGGACAGUGAAGAUUACAUGAGGCCGGCUCUUCAAGAUGAUCCACUGCUACAGAUCGACAUAGAGGAUCUGUGUGGGGCGGAGUGCGGGGGGCAGGGGGCGGGCCCCUGGCUGGAGCAGAACGGGGAGCCCCAGUCCCCCGGUUCUCUGAUGCGGAGGGCCCAGCGGGCCGAGGAGAGGGCCCAGAGGGCUGAAGAGGCCCUGGCCAGGGCUAUGGAGGACCUCCACCGGCUCAAGCAGCUGGCUCAGAGCCUGGUGAUGAGCGCGGACGUUAGCGGGGGCGGCGGCGGCGCGGCGAGCGGCGGGGCCGUGGCCGGCCUGAGGGAGGACGAGGACGAGGCCUACUUCAGCUCGUACGGCCACUACGCCAUCCACGAGGAGAUGCUGAAGGACAAGGUGCGGACGGAGAGCUACCGGGACUUCGCGUACCUCAAUCCCGACGUCUUCAAGGGCAAGGUGGUGCUGGACGUGGGCUGCGGGACGGGGAUCCUCUCCAUGUUCGCGGCCAGGUGCGGGGCCAGCAGGGUCGUCGCCGUGGAUCAGUCGGACAUCGUCUACCAGGCCAUGGACAUCGUUCGAUCGAACGACCUUCAGGACGUGAUUACUUUGAUCAAAGGAAGGAUCGAGGACGUGGCUCUGCCUGUGGAGAAAGUGGACGUCAUUAUUUCCGAAUGGAUGGGCUACUUCCUGCUGUUUGAGUCCAUGUUGGACUCUGUGCUGUACGCAAGGGAUCGCUACCUGGCAGAAGGUGGAUCAGUGUACCCCAACAGCUGCUCCCUCAGCCUGGCCGCCGUGGGUGACGAGCGCAGGCACGCCGACCGCAUUGCCUUCUGGGACGACGUGUAUGGCUUCAAGAUGGCCUGCAUGAAGAAGGCGGUGGCGCCGGAGGCGUCGGUGGAGGUGCUGCAGCCGGAGACGCUCGUCUCCGAGCCCGCCGUCGUUCAGACCAUCGAUUGCAACACGGUGUGCGUCUCGGAGCUGGAGUUUGAGGCGGACUUCUGCUUGAAGAUUACCCACGGCACCCUCUGCACGGCUAUUGUGGGCUACUUUGACAUAUUCUUUGACAAGAACUGCGAGAACAAGGUCUCCUUCUCCACGGGGCCUCGGUGCACCAAGACCCACUGGAAACAGACCGUCUUCCUCCUGGAGCACCCCAUUCCGGUUCAGACAGGCGAGGAGCUGAAGGGGAGGAUAGCUGUACGCAAGAACCGGAAGGACCCCCGGGCCCUCCUCAUCUCCCUCAACGUCAGAGACGUCAAACAGACCUACAGCCUGCAGUGAAGCCCUUCCUCAUUCCAGACACAUUUUAUACUUCAAUCGUACCCGUUUUUAAAAAAAUUCGGAACCCAUAAGAGUAUAUCACCGAACAGUCAAUCUGCACCCUGUAAAUCGAACGAACGGCGUGUAUCGGCUGUUUUCCUAUCAGACCUGGCUCCAAGCUAACUGAACACAUUUGAUACUAGUGCCGCGUCUCGCCGGGAGCGUCGGUUUUCUUCGGUUUUCCGCCCACGUCUGGCCUCUCGUCGUUUUGGCGUAAAACGCGCUCAGUGUUGCGGACGGGUAGCUCCCGAGCUGAGACUCUUGCUGUGUAAUGGUGUUCCUGGAAAUAAAUUAAUCUUGAACAACUGUA